AUGACACACAAGCAUUGUUUUGAAGCCCUUGAUCAGAUAAUGAGAGAUAUCGUCCGUUCAAGUAAUCCGAGGAUGCAAAAACAGCCAUUUGGAGGAAAGGUUGUUCUGUUGGGCGGUGAUUUUAGGCAAAUACUUCCAGUCAUUCCAAAGGGUACUAGAAGCAAGAUUGUAAAUUCUUCAUUGAAUUCGUCUUAUCUAUGGCAAUAUUGUAAGGUACUAAAACUAACUGAAAACAUGAGGCUAAAAGUGGGUACCAAACCAAGUAAUUUACAAGAAACCAAGGAUUUUGCAGAAUGGAUAUUAAAACUCGGUGAUGGUUUGCUUGGUGAUCAAAAUGAUGAAGAGGAAGAAAUUGAAAUUCCGGACGAUUUACUUAUCAAAGAUGAAGUUAAUCCUAUUGCUUCAUUGAUUUCAUUCACAUAUUCGGAAAUUGAUAAAUUUUUGGGUGAUUUAAACUAUUUCCAGCAAAGAGCUAUUCUUGCACCCACCAAUGAAGUCGUUGAUUCAAUUAAUACACAAUUGUUAGACAGUAUGCCUGGUGAGGAUAAGAUAUAUCUCAGUUCAGACACUUUAUUUGAAUCUGAGCAACAGUCUGAACUUAACAUGGCAUUGUUUCCUCCGGACGUAUUAAAUAAUCUGCGUUUAUCAGGGUUACCUAACCAUAAACUGGUUCUCAAAGUUGGAGCUCCAGUAAUGUUACUUAGAAACAUUGAUCAAGCGAAUGGUUUGUGUAACGGCACACGACUACAAGUAACAAAGCUUGGAAAAGUUGUAAUAGAAGAAAAGAUCAUCACAGGAAUGAACAUAGGUCAUCACACUUUGAUUACACGAUUGAAAAUGACUCCUUCCGAUAAAAGAAUUCCAGUGAAAAUUGCUAGUCGACAAUUCCCACUAUCAGUCUGCUUUGCGAUGACAAAUAAAAGUCAAGGACAAUCACUUGAACGUGUCGGAUUGUACCUUCCACGUCCGGUUUCAGUCAUGGACAACUAUAUGUUGCGCUAUCUCGAGUAA